AUGUAUUUACCACACGAUAACGCUGCAAAUCUACACACACACGCGAAACGCGAUACCAACAACGCUGCAACGACCGGCGCAGUCAUAGCGAUAGUCGCGGCAGCUCUUGCGUUUAGUUUCCUGAUGGCUAAGGCCUACACACGCAAAAGAGAACUUAAAAUGGCGGGCUCGGGCAGUGGAGCCAUAGUAAAUCCCCAGAGCGCCCCGGCCAACCCAUUUCUCGACCAUUUCCCUAGAUUAAGCAGGAAUGAAGUUACCCACAUGACCCACAGGCAGCCCGAGGAAGGUGAUGAGCAAUUACCACCUUAUGAGCCACCUGCCAAACCCGUAGCCACCGCGGAAAAUUCAUUCAAUAUGGACGUGGCUGAUGGUACUGCUAGUGCUGGUGCUAAUAUACCGCCUUCUUAUGAAACUCAACCCGUUCAAGCUGCUCAAACCGCUCACACAUCCGAUAACACACGGCAAUUUUCUCCACCUGAUCAUCCGCCCCCGCCUCCUGCUUAUGUAAAUUAA